GUCUUCACGAAAUUCUCAUCAAUUUUAUAAAUUUGAAAUUUGACUCGUGUGCCCUUAGCUACGCAAUCAUCACUUGGCUAUUCUGACGUAUUAUAUCGCUUAGCCCACCCGUAUUCUUUUCCUCUUCUUAUAUAUGGAUCAUCUUUUAUUUUGGACAAUUCUCUUCUCCUUCUCGAGACUUAUCUAAUCCAUAACCUUAGGGUCAACUUGCUUCCCGAAACAUUAAAUCUUCUUCAGGUUAUUAUAUACGCAGGAGCAUUUCGGUAGCAUAGAUGGGGGCAUUUGAAGAUGUUGAGUUUCAAACCAUCGAUGGGCUUACUUUGAGAGGCCGGGUCUAUCAUGCGGAUCAAAGGGGUCCGGCCAUUAUUAUGUGCCCUGGAUUUAAUUGUGUCCUGGAGAUGGCGGGUCUCCCCGCUGUUGCAGAAGGGUUCCAGACAGCCGGGAUAACCGUAUUGCUAUAUGAUCCACGCAGUGUAGGAGCAAGCGAUGGACAGCCGCGCAAUGAUAUCGACCCAUUCAAGCAAGUUCAGGAUUAUUCUGACGCUCUGACAUUUUUGAAGAACUUGUCCACCGUAGAACCUCGCCAAAUCGGCUUCUGGGGGACUUCACUCUCAGCAAGCAUAGCACUAAGCGCAGCUGCGUUCGAUAAGCGCGCAAAACUAGUUAUUGCAGCGUCUCCAGUGGCCGAGUAUCAUUACAACAACGACAAGAUGCAACAGGUCUUGAGGACUUGUCUGAAGGAUCGAGAGUCUCAGAUUAAAGGAAACCCCCCCUUCUACAUCCCGAUGAUUGAUGAAUUUGGACAGAAUCCCGCUGGCCUUGACUUUGGAUACAACCCCGAGAAAGCAGCCGCAUGGUCAAGAAGUGGGAUGGGGCUGGCUUCUAACCAUGUUAACCGAACGACAAUUCAAUCAUAUCAUAAACUUGCUAUGUGGGUUCCGGGGGCUAUGUGGAAACAUAUAGACCAAACACCAGUUCUAUUCUUGAUUCCGGAAACAGACAGGAUCUGCCCACCUGAGGAACAACUGCGGCAUUUUAACAAUCUCAAGGGGCCAAAGAAGUCCUACGUACGGAAAGGAAAGGGGCACAUGAACCUGCUCGAAGGCGAACAUGUUGACGAGCUCAUUAAACUACAGGUAGACUUUAUACGUGAUGCUAUCGAAGGAAGAGCUUUUUAAACUCGCUCUAUUACAAUAGGCCUUAGGUAUAAUAGCUAGUCGUAUCAGUUCUUGAAUUUCCAUCUCAUUGGCCGCCAUUGAAAA